CGUCCGGUCUGUUUGUCGGUCGGACCAGCUACAGAAGCGGCGCAGAAUAACGGCGUCUGUUUGGUCUGAAUUGGCUGCAGGAGGAACCGUUUUCGUGAGGCCGUCGGCCUGUCGGACCUGCCCCAGUAGGACGUCAGCGUCUGCAUCAUGUCGGGGAACAACCUGGUGCUGCCCAUCGUGCUGUGGGGCCGCACGGCGCCCACCCACUGCAUCAGCAGCUUACUGGUGAUGGACGACUUCAGCACCAUCAUCACCGGCUGCCAUGACGGUCAGAUCUGCCUGUGGGACAUGACGCCCGAGCUGCAGAUCUGUCCCAGAGCGAUGCUGUUCGGCCACACGGCCUCCGUCACCUGCCUGUCCAAAGCCAGCGCCAGCAGCGACAAGCAGUACAUCGUCAGCGCCUCGGAGAGCGGGGAGAUGUGUCUGUGGGACGUAAACGACGGGCGCUGUAUCGAGUUCACCAAGCUGGCCUGCGCUCACACCGGGAUUCAGUUCUACCAGUUCACCAUCGGUACGCUGAAGGAGGGCCGCCUGCUGUGUAACGGCCAUUACCCAGAGAUCCUUGUGGUUGACGCCACCAGCCUGGAGGUGCUCUACUCUCUGGUCUCUAAGAUCUCUCCUGAUUGGAUCAGCUCCAUGAGCAUCAUCCGCUCCCAUCGGACCCAAGGACACGUGGUGGCAGUAUCAGUGACGGGGAUUUUGAAGGUGUGGAUGAUAACAGCUGAGGUCAGCAAGAUGCAGGAUCUGGACCCGGUCUUUGAGGAAGAGUCCAAGCCCAUCUACUACUGCCAGGGCUGCCAGAGCAUCUCGUUCUGCAGCUUCACCCAGAGCAGCUUGCUGGUGGUCUGCUCCAAGUACUGGAGGGUGUUCGAUGCAGGAGACUACUCUCUGCUCUGCUCCGUUCCCAGCGACAGCGACCAGUCCUGGACCGGCGGUGAGUUCAUCUCUGCGGAUAAAGUCAUCAUCUGGACCGAAGACGGCUGCAGCUACAUCUACAAGCUGCCGGCCAGCUGCCAGUCCGCCAGCGAACAUUUCCGCAGCGACGUUGGGCGAACCAAGGGGAUCGAUCCCCCGCUGAUCUACAGCAUCGCCGAGCGCUCAGACAAACAGCUCCUCAUCUGCCCCCCGGUGACCCGGUUCUUCUUCGGCCGCCGGGAGCCGUUCCACAAGCUGCUGAUCCAGGGAGACUCGGCCGGCCGCCUGUCGCUGUGGAGCGUCCCGGACGCCACGCCGCCGCAGCCGACCGCAACGCCGGCAGAGCUGCAGAUGUCGUCCUCCAUCAGCCUGCAGGAGGCGUUCGAUAAGCUGACGCCCGUCUCUUCUGGGAUCAUCGACCAGCUGAGCGUCCUGCCCAGCAAGCAACAACCCAUCAAGGUUACGGCCAGCGUCUACAUCCCGUCUCAGGGCCGGCUGGUGUGCGGCCGGGAGGACGGCAGCAUCGUCCUGGUCCCCGCCACGCAGACGGCCAUCGUGCAGCUGCUGCAGGGGGAGCACAUGCUGCGCAGGGGCUGGCCGCCCCACCGGACGCUGCGGGGUCACCGGAACAAGGUGACCUGCGUCCUCUACCCGUACCAGGUGUCGCCCCGCUACGACCAGCGCUCCCUGGUGUCCGGAGGAGUGGACUUCUCCGUCAUCGUCUGGGACAUUUUCACCGGAGAGAUGAAGCACAUCUUCUGCGUCCAUGGAGGGGAAAUCAGCCAGCUGAUCGUCCCGCCGGAAAACUGCAGCACCCGCGUGCAGCACUGCGUUUGCUCCGUGGCCAGCGACCACUCCGUCGGCCUGCUCAGCCUGCGGGAGAGGAAGUGCAUCAUGCUGGCGUCCCGGCACCUCUUCCCCAUCCAGGUCAUCAAGUGGCGUCCGGCCGACGACUACCUGGUGGUGGGAUGCUCCGACGGCUCCGUCUACGUCUGGCAGAUGAUACAGGGAGCUCUGGAUCGCUGCGUGAUGGGAAUCACGGCGGUGGAGAUCCUGAACGCCUGCGACGAGCUCGCCCCCGCCACCGUCGACGCCCUGAGCCACCCGCGCGUCAACCUGAAGCAGGCCAUGACGCGCCGCAGCCUGGCGGCGCUCAAGAACAUGGCGCAGCACAAACUGCAGACGCUGGCAACCAACCUGCUGGCUGCUGACACGCCACAAGGUAACGGUAAUUUGCCCAAAUACUCCCACAAUGCCCUGGUGGUCCAGGCGAUGAAGACCAACCUGACGGACCCCGACAUGCACGUUCUGUUCUUUGACGUGGAGGCGCUGAUCAUCCAGCUGCUGACGGAGGAGGCGCAGCGUCCGAACCCGACGCUGGUCUCCCCCGAGACGCUGCAGAAGAGCCAGGCGGGCGCCGACAAGGGCGGCUCCUUCCUGGCCAACAAAAUCUUCAAACAGGUGAAGGAGACGAUGAAGGAGACGAUCAAAGAGCACCUGCUGGACGAAGACGAGGAGGAGGAAGAGGAGAUGAGGAGGCGCGAGGAGAAGUCCAAGUCUCUGAGUCUGCUGGAGUACAACCUGACCAUGGACACGGCCAAGCUGUUCAUGUCCUGCCUGCACGCCUGGGGCCUCAACGAGCAGCUGGACGGCAUCUGCCUGGAGCGACUGGGCAUGCUCAGACCGCACUGCCCCAUCUCCUUCGGCCUGAUCUCCCGGGGAGGACACAUGUCCCUCAUGCUGCCCACCUUCAAGGAGUCUUUGCUGCGCCAGCUGUCGCUGGCCACCGGCCUGAAGCUGAGUCUGUCCGACAUCGUGGGGAAGGGGACGUACGGCGUGUCCCGGGCCGUGACCACGCAGCACCUGCUGUCGGCCAUUUCUCUGGCCAACACGCUGAUGGGCAUGACCAACGCCACCUUCGUAGGCGAGCACAUGAAGAAAGCCCCGGCCAGACCCCCCAGACCAGGAGGAACCCCGGAGUCUCCUCGGAGGACGCCCGCCGCCGCCCCCCAGCCCUCCAACCCGGCGCUACAGGCCCAGAUCAAACAAGGGUGGAGCCAGCUGGCCGCCAUGCACUGCGUGAUGCUGCCGGACCUCCUCGGCCUGGACAAGUACAGACCGCCUCUGCUGGAGAUGCUGGCGAGAAGAUGGCAGGACCGAUGUCUGGAGGUCCGGGAAGCGGCGCAGGCUCUGCUCCUGGCCGAGCUGAGGCGGAUCGGGCAGUCCGGUCGGAAGGACACCAUCGAUGCCUGGGCUCCGUACCUGCCCCAGUACGUGGACACGGUCAGCUCCCCCGGGCUCUGCCUGCUGUCUGCCAGAGAAGUCGCUGCCGCCCCGCCCCCUCCAGAGGCUCAGCCAGUGGAAACCAAGGCUCCAGAGGAGGAGCUGGACGUGACCGACGAUGACAUCACAGCAGGCUGCCUGUCCAACCUCCCGCCAAACGCCAAGAAGAUCUCCAACUCGUACGAGGAGCGGCGGAAGCAGGCCACCGCCAUCGUCCUGCUGGGCGUCAUCGGAGCCGAGUUCGGCGCCGAGAUCGAACCGCCCAAAGGUUCGGUGCGUCGACCCGGAGGAGCGGUGCCGGAAGGCUUCGGAUCGACGAGCGGCGGCUCGUCCAACUACUCACUCGCCAGACACACCUGUAAGGCGCUGACCUUCCUGCUGCUGCAGCCCCCCAGCCCCAAACUCCCCGCCCACAGCACCAUCCGCCGCACCGCCAUCGAUCUGAUCGGCCGCGGCUUCACCGUCUGGGAGCCGUACAUGGACGUGUCAGCGGUGCUCAUGGGGCUGCUGGAGCUGUGUGCCGACGCAGAGAAGCAGCUGGCGAACGUCACCAUGGGUCUGCCCCUCAACCCCCCCGCCGACGCGGCGCGCUCCGCCCGCCACGCCCUGUCCCUCAUCGCCACCGCCCGGCCGCCGGCCUUCAUCACCACCAUCGCCCGCGAGGUCCAACGGCACAACGCGGCCCAGGCCAACUCCCAGUCCCAGCAGAACGUCCACACCACCACGCUGGCCCGGGCCAAGGCCGAGAUCCUCCGGGUCGUCGACAUCCUGAUCGAGAAGAUGCCCGGAGACGUGGUGGACCUGCUGGUCGAGGUGAUGGACAUCAUCAUGUACUGCAUCGAAGGCUCUCUGGUGAAGAAGAAAGGACUGCAGGAGUGUUUUCCCGCCAUCUGCAAGUUCUACAUGGUGGGUUACUGCGACCGCAGCCAUCGCAUCGCCGUCGGAGCGCGCCAAGGAUCGGUGGCGCUCUACGACGUUCGCACGGGAAAAUGUCAGAACAUCCACGGCCACAAAGGUCCAAUAACGGCGGUGUCGUUCGCGCCUGACGGCCGGUACCUGGCCACCUACUCCAACGCGGACAGCCACAUCUGCUUCUGGCAGAUGAACACCAGCCUGCUCGGCAGCAUCGGGAUGCUGAACUCGGCGCCGCAGCUGCGCUGCAUCAAGACCUACCAGGUUCCUCCGGUCCAGCCCGCCUCGCCCGGCUCCCAGAACCACCUGAAGCUGGCCCGCCUCAUCUGGACCUCCAACCGCAACGUCAUCCUGAUGGCCCACGACGGCAAGGAGCAUCGCUUCAUGGUGUGAUCGGGCCGAGCCCACCGACCCGGACCUGAGCCACGGUUUGGGACCGGACACGGAUUCUACUGAUGGUUCUGAUGAAAACGAAACAAAUACAUUUCUGAACGUAGUGCAGGUCUACGGAAGACAAUUAGUGCCAAAAAACAGGAAUUCUGACUUUUUUCUCAGGAUCGUUUCAGGAAGUUUAAGAUGUAAUUCUGAGAAAAAAGCAAAAUUCUUUAAUUUUCUCAAAAUUCUGAAUUUUUUUCUCAAUUACUUUUUUUCUCAAAUUUAUUCAAAGUUCUGAAUUUUUACCCAAGUAUACGACUUUUCCUCAAAAUUCUGAAUUUUUUCACCAAAUUCUGAAUUUAUUCUGAUUCUGUAAAACAUUUUCAUCCUCGAUAUCUUGACACAUGAUCAAACAUGACAUUAUUAUUGAUACAUAUUUUGUCCAGAUGCUUGUUUCUGUUUUGGACUGGAGCUCAUUAUAUUAUUACCUCUAGUGAAAGUUUUGCACUUUCACCAAAAGUGAACAUUUCCUGUUAUUAUAGGAAAUUUAAUCUAUAAUCUAAAUUUCAGCAAAUAUUUCUCUUUUAAUUUUCUAUCUAUGCUCCAUCAGGAACUAUGAGAAAUUUUUUUUUUCAUUGGCACUAAUCGUCUUCCGUAGGAGCAUCUGGAGGUCCAAACCCAAACUCAGAUCCAGGUUUGGCUCCUGUUUUAUCCGCUACAGUUGAUCAUGUUUAUUUAUUUGCUGCUGUUUAUUUAAAGUUUUUAUUUAGUUUCUGUUCUGAUCAAAGUUUCUCACCAUAAAACUGUCGACAUUCUGGAUCUGUUCCUGUGUGUGUGUGUGUGUGUGUGUGUGUGUGUGUGUGUGUGUGUGUGUGUGUGUGUGUGUGUGUGUGGUGUGUGUGUGUGUGUGUUUCAUCAUUAAACACACUUUAAUGAUGUGUUCAGUCACGGUUCCAGUUGAGACGCUGCAGCCAGAAAGUGAAACCUGAAGUGACUUUUAUUCUAAUCUGAGUUGGGUUUCUGUUUAAUCUCGUGUUCAUGCUAAUCUGAGUUGGGUUUCUGUUUAAUCUCGUGUUCAUGCCAGAUUAUUGAUCCUCUUCCUGCUGAAAUCACAGAGCUGCCGUUUCCGUGGCUGCAGUGAACGUCUCGUCCCGUUUGUCGCGCUUCUCGCUUCCGCAGUGAAAAAGAUUUUUAUUUAAAUCAUAAACUGACUGAAGGACGGAGAACCGAUGGAAAUCAAAAUGUUUUGUCUCUUUAUUUUGGACUUUAUUUAUGUUAAAUUUAUUUGGAUUAAACUUUUUUACUUUUAACUUUUUUCACGUAAAACUGUCCAGAAAAAGUUUCUCGUUUCUUAAGACUUCCAGAUUUAAAGCUUUUAUUUUCUUUCUCUCCUUGAUACACUUUAAAGUCCUGGUUCUCAAGCUGUGGUGCACGGCCCACCAGCGGUACGCCUGAUGGUAAAGAUUUGAGCCUGAUGACAUGAAAUCUCAGAUCAGACAUCUGCAGGGUCGGCUAGCUGCUAGCAACAUGACUAGCAUGAAGCAGGUUGUGCAGAGAAAGAGUUGAGUUGGUAGAAGUGACCUGUUGGCUUUAUGUGCAAGGCGGCCAUGUUGGAUUCUCAAAUGUGGAUUUGGAUAUUUGAAACAAGGAGUAAAUAUCGAUAAUGACACUUGAUUCUUCAGUUAUACAAUAAGAGAAAAGAUUUACUUCCUGUAUCUGUUCUGAAACGUUUCAGACCGCUGCUUUAAUAGUUCACUAGAACUUCUGUUGGUACCAAAAUCUGAGUUCAGAAAAACCAAUAAAAGUUUCAAUCAAUUCAGAUUUUAGUUAUCAUUACUGAACUGAAUGUUUCCAGCUUUCAAAUUUCUCCUAUUUUUUCUUUUUUCUUUUAUUAAACUGCUGAAGUUUUUCUGUAAAAAGUGAAACUUUGACCCAAAAUGUUGUGAAAAGUCAAACUUUCCUCCAGUAAAUGACCAGAAAAUCUUUUCAGAUGAUUUCAGGUAAAAAUUCACUGCAGAAAAACUCGAUGUUUGUUUAAAACAUUUUGUAAAUCAACUUCAACCUGUUACAUGAUUAUCUGGUAAAAACUUGGAUAUUUGCACAAUUUAAAACAUUUUUUUCUUUGUUUUGAUUCUUUGUGUUAAAGUUUUUAUUGAAUGUUUUUCUUCCUGCUGUAAAACGUCGUCAAGCUUUUAGUUUCGUUCAGAGGAAACUAUCUACAUGUAGAUCUAUAGAGUUGUAUGUAGAAAGCCGUUUCUGUGGCGCUCCACCUGUAAACCGCAGCGUGUCAAAGCUUUUCACAGCUUCUUCUUCUCCUUAAAGAGGAAAAAGCGGUGCAGCUUCUGAUCGGAGGGAUUUCUGAGGCGACCUGACAGCUCUGAGAUCUUAAUCUCUCCCUCUCUGCAGCACUCUCUUCACAGUUUGAGGAAAUAUGUUUGCUGCGCGUCUCGGGGGAAGACGGGUGAGAAAAAUACGGGAGGCAGAGAGUAAGUAAGGAUCAGAGCAUCGGAGCGGAAAAACCCAGAAGAAAACUACAAACCAAACUUCUGCUUUCCUCACAUAUUAUUUCCAGAAAAUGAUGAUUCUGUCAGCUGGUUGGUUUGUUUGCAGUCGGUCGGUGUUGGUGUCGUGUGAAGUGAUGCAUGGAUGUGAGCUUCGCUCCACAGCUGCUGAAAUCUGAUCAAUGUGUCGUAUUCAAACGUGAAUUGAUGUUUAAUAAAGACGUAGAUUAAAACUA